AUGCUCAUCAUAGCUGGAAUUGAGCUGAUGUACCUCUUGAACAUCUAUGUAGUGGAGCAGAAAGUGUUUGAUGCGAAGAGAUGGAGCCUGUCGGAGCAAUCCAAAAAACAGCCAGAUCUCGACCACGUGACGAUGAUGAUGCUGGGCAAACUGGCGGGUGGUUGGACAAAAGUUUAUAGCGGGAAAAUGACGGACGAGGAACUGCGGCGCCAGAAAACGGAACUUCUGGCGAUGGGGUCUAACUCUCCGUGA